AGACAUGUGAGCCACUCAAUUCAACCCUUAACUAAAGAAUAUUUUUAAACAAUGGCCUCUUCUUCUGUUAACAACUUUAUGUUCUUCUUUUUAGCUUCCCUUUUGUUCACAUUCUCAGAAAACUUCGUGGCAGGAGAAUCCGACAAAGUGAAGCUAAAUCUUUACUAUGAAUCACUUUGUCCAUAUUGUCAAAAAUUCAUAGCCGAUGAGCUGGUGAAAAUCUUUAACUCCGAUCUCCACACAAUCACUGAUCUAAAUCUCAUUCCGUUCGGUAACGCUCGUGUCUCCGAUGAUAUGACUGUUACUUGCCAGCAUGGUGAAGAGGAAUGCAAACUAAAUGCCAUUGAAGCUUGCGCCAUAAGUACCUGGCCCGAUCCGAAAAUGCACUACUGGUUCAUAAGGUGCGUUGAAAAGCACACAAAAAACUGGGAAUCAUCAUGUGUUAAGGAAUAUGGAGGUGAGAAAGCCAUCAAAGAUUGUUACUCCGGUGAUCUCUCCAAAAGUCUCAUAAUUGAGUAUGCAAAUCAGACUUUAAGUUUGAAGCCAAAGCAUGAAUACGUACCAUGGGUCACAGUCAACGGCAAACCACUCUAUGAUGAUAUGGAUGAUUUUGUGGAUCGAGUGUGCAAAGCGUAUAAAGGAAAGUCUCCUCUCCCAAAACUCUGCAAUUCAUCUGCAUUGCCCAAGAAGAAAGUGUCGAAGCUUCAAGUCUCCUUUGCCGAUGAAUCUAUCAAUAAUUAAGCAAAUUAUUUACUGAACUAAGAUGUUGAGCUUAUGUUAUUAAUGGAAAUGAUAAAUAAGAGAAACCUUUUCUAGACUU